AUGCCUUCAGUUUUUGCUUGGGUCAUGUUGUUCUUUUUAUUAUGCGAUUUUUAUGAUACUCUAAAAUUAAGAAACAGCACAAAGAACAUAAUACACACAUAUGAUAAUAGUGACAGUUCAAGAAAUGCUCGAUCUUUUAGUCCUAACUCAAAUGUAAGGCAGUUUUUUAUCAAUAAUAAGAAUGUGUUAGAGAAUAGACUAAGAUGUGACAGAAAAAAUCUGUUUAUAAAACGGAAUGUUGAGAGGGACUUAUCGCAUAGGAAGGAAGAACUGUUUAUGAAUAGAAAAGAAGAAGAAAAGGAACAGGGUGUGCAUAAAAAUGAAAUGAAAAUUAACAAGUUCAAGAACAGCAAUGGCCACGAGUUUUUAUGUACCAAUCUUUUGAUGAACAAUGAAGAGAAAAAUUUUAUAGUAGACCUAUGCAGUGACAACAGCUUCAUGUUUGACAAGAAGGAAGAUUUUUUUGACAGAAGUAGCAAUGGAAAGAGUGGUGUAAAAGGACAAGGGCUGCUCUCCCUUUGUUUAUGGUUCGAUAAAGAAGAUAUCCAUAAGACACACGAAGAAAUAUAUCUCAACAGAAGUAAAAUUGAAGUAGACAAAUUGAUAAAGGCAAAGGGUAGUUUAAAGAAAAAUAAUACUUUUCAUUUUUAUGUUAUGAAAGAUGAAGGGUUAGAUAAACAUUUUGAUGGAAUAUUAGGUUUUGAUUUUUUUUCAAAAUUUGAAACAUUUCUUUUUGAUACUAUCAAUAUGAUAAUACAUCUUGGUGACAAUAGUGAUGAUUACCAUCGUGCGAUGAAUCGAUUAGAAAUGUGGAAAAAUAAAGAUCUUUAUGAAAAAAUUGAACUACAUAACUAUAGUAAUCACAUUAAAUAUUUUCAUAUAGAUGUAAAUAACCACCUGUACAAAGGGCUUCUAGACUCAGGCACUUCUAAGACGUUGGUUGUUAAUAGUGAUAUGAAACUUGAAAAGGAAGAUCCAAAUGGAGAUGGUGUCAUUAUUGAGAACAUAUUAAAUGAGAAAUUUAAAGUAAAUAAGUUGAAAAAAAUGAAUCGUUUUCAUAUCGUGUCGAAGGAAAAUAAGUUACUACUAACACCGCUUCAGAUGAAUGAAAUAUACACUAGUGAAAAUAAAAUUUCUUAUUUGGAUUCUAAUGUGGUUUUAUUAGGUUUAGAUUUUUUCCUAAAUAAAAAGUUCCUAUUUGAUCUGAAGAACAGUGUGCUUUAUGUACACUGGAAAUCAUCUGAUUUGUCUUUUUCUGACCAACGUGAUAAAAGAUAUAUAAAAAGUUCAGAGAAACAGGAGAAUGAUAGGAACAAUUCUCCUAUUGAUGAAUUCAAAGUGAAUGAGAAAUGUUCAGAAAUAUACGAACAGCUAAAAAAUAAAGAAUUAAGUUUUUUAAAAAUGUCAAAAGAAUUGGAAAAGGAAAAUAUAAGCAUGCAUGAUUGUAAAAGCACAAAUGAUGUAAUAAAGAAAUAUGCUAUAAAAAUUCUGUACGGUUCAGAAUAUCUAUCAAAAAAUGCAUCUGAUGGAAGAGGAAAAGAAUUUGAUGAAAGAUACAAAGAGAUAACUAACUUUUUUAAGAAAUUAAAUUCUGAGGAAAAGCAGAAUAUGUUAAAUAAAAUAGUAAACAUUUUGAAAAAUAAUUAUUAUAACACGAUCGGAGGAGGAGGAGCAGGAAGUAGUAGUAGCAAAAAGCGUGGUGAAAAUGAUAAGGAGAAUAUUACAAAUGAGUAUGAAAAGGCAUCUGAAAUUUUAGAAAAAUAUGUUAAAUAUGAAAUUGAAAAUAAGCAGUAUUCCUUACACAGAUUCAAAUCGUGGAAUGUAAAUAGAAAAAGUGAAAAGGCAGUGGAUGAAGAAUACAACCAUUUGCUAGAAUUAUACAAUGCACAUCCAGAAUACAGUUUCGAAAUUUUAAAUGAUUUUAAAAAAGAACUAUCUUCCAAACGUAUAAAUGUUAACAAUAUUGAAAAUGAAAAUGAGAUAAUAAAAAAAGUGGCUGAAUCAAGGGUAUACAAUAACCACCAGCAAAAUAAUUUUAAUAAAGAAGGAAGAAAUAAAAGAAGGAAAAAUAUCAUCGUAAGGAGAUUCACAAAUGAUGGUAAUAAUGUUCAUACACAAAUUAUCAUUAGACGGAAUGGAUUAGACCAAGAUGGUGAGAAUGACAAUAAUGGAAGUAGUAGUAGUAGUGAGGAGGGUGAUGAAUAUGGAAAUGACCAAUAUGGCAAUUUCGACAAAAUGGAUGAUAUUUUCCCCAACUCGCUAUUCUCAGGAAUUUUUAAAAACUUCUUUGGAGAUAGUAAUCGAAGCCAAAAUUAUCGCAACAUACGAGAUGGUGAUGGAACUGAUGAAAGUUAUGAAAGUGAUGGAAGUGAUGAGAAUGAUGGAAGAGAUGAGAGUGGUGAUAAUGGGGGAGGAGACCUCUUCUCUGAGUUAAACAACUUGUUCGGAUUUGGUAAUAUAGGAGAAAAUAUUUUCAGGAAAAAAAAAAAAAAAAGUGUUAUAGGUUUUAAAACCAAGGAACCGAACAACCUCAGUGAAGAAGAAAAGGAAGGAACUGGUGCAAAGAAUAAAUUGGACAGUAUAUCAGAGGCAAUAAAAGAAGAAAAAGAUGUCGAUAUAAUAUAUCUGCUAAACAAGGUGCAAAAGUUAAAUGAUGAAAAUUUAAAAAAUUUCAUUUUGCAAUCCUUAAAAAAUGAAAACGUACGCAAAAUCCUCGUGGAUGCAUUGAAAAAAGGGUACCAGAACACAUAUGAACAAUGCCAAAAGAAAAACGACAAUAAGAGCAUGUACCUCCUCCAGAUGUUGAAGCAAACUGGAGUUUUUUGA